AGAAGUAGUACUUUAGUGGAUCACAUGAAGAUCCACACCAGCGAAAGGCCGUACCUGUGCAACACCUGCGGAAAAUCGUUUACUAAAUCAUCAGAUCUUAAACGCCACAUAACCACGCACACGGGCGAGAAGCCCUACAUCUGCAAAACAUGUGGAAAAAGUUACAGGCUACGUUCCACCUUGGUGGUUCACUUGAGGAUCCACACCGGCGAAAGGCCGUACCUGUGCAACACCUGCGGCACAAGCUUUAUUAGCUUAUCAAAUCUUAAAAGCCACAUAGCCACGCACAUGAACCAGAGGCCCUACAUGUGCAAAACAUGUGGAAAAAGUUACAGACUAUCUUCCCACCUGCUGGUUCACUCGAGGAUCCACGUGAGUGAGAAGCCCUACAACUGCAAAACAUGUGGAAAAGGUUUCACACAAAGUGCCAGCCUGGUGAUUCACUCGAGGACCCACACCGGUGAAAGGCCGUACCUGUGCAACGCCUGCGGAAAAACCUUUAAUAGAUCAUCAUCUCUUAAGCGCCACAUAACCACGCACACGGGUUUCUACUGA